AUGGCCAGCUGGGACGACGAAGACUUUGAGGUGCCUGCCGCUGCCACCCCCGCAGUCCCCGCCAACUGGGAUGACGACGAAGAGGAGGACGUCAUGGACUCCUGGGAUGCUGAGGAGCCCACCAAGGCACCCGGACCCAAGACCACCGUGGCUGCCCCCAAGAAGGCCCAGCGACAGCAGAUCGCCAAGAUCGAGCGAGAGAUGGCUGCCAUGAAGCUCAAGCCUGAGGAUGCUUCCACCAAGCGAGACCGACAGCGACAGGCCGAGCUCGACUCCGACAUGAUGAACGCUUCUGAGCUGUUUGGUGGCACUGGAGGUAUUGCUGACAGCGCUGCAAAGGCUGAGGCCGCUCCUGCUCCCGCUGCCCCUGCCGCUCCCAUGAAGUUGUCGGAUCUGGCAAUCUUCCACCCCAAGGAGAAGAAGGACUUCACCAACCUCAAGGAGACUCUGGCCCCCAUCCUCACAGACCUUAACAAGACCAGCCCACUGGCCUACCCCGACUUUGCCAUCACCUUCACCAAGGCUCUGGCUGAGCCCCUCAAGGUCGAGCAGCUCCGAAAGCUCAUCUCUACCCUGAACGCUUACCAGAAUGAGAAGAUUCGAGAGGAGAAGGCUGCUCGAGGUAAGAAGAAGAAGCCCGGUCUUGCUGCUGCCUCCGCCAAGAUCAAUGACGAUAAGGAUACUUCUACCUUCAACGACAACUUCGAUGAUUUUGACGAUUUCAUGUAA